AUGGCAGCUGUUGGGGACAUUGUGUAUUGCAUACUGGCUGCGGCGAGCGGUGCCCAACCUAUCUGUGGAUGGGUGACGGAGAUCACCGAAGAGGACGCCGUGAUCGGAACUGCAUCUUCCGCAGUGUCUGGGUUAUCUCAUAAGCAGUUGGUUGAAGCUGGGGAUCUCGCUGUCGGUUUUGUGCGUGUGCCCAUUGAGUCAAUCAGCCUGAGCUUGAGACCUGGAUGGAAAGGGCUGAAGCCGAAAGAUGUCCCACCCCUAUCCGUAUGCGAGCGCGCAUGGAGGAAAGGGGCCAAGGAAGAGCUCCACAGCAGCGAAGCCGAGCCCCAGGGCAAGCCGAAGGAUCGGAAGUCAGGAUCUUUGAUGGGGGACUUGGCCGGCCUGCGCGCGCUCUAUCAGCAGCAGGCCGGGGAGGUUCAAGAGUCCGAGAGCGAGGAGGACGACGACAGCGAAGACGAAGAGGUGCCGCUGAAGAAGAAAGGUGGGUACCUGCCGCCAGGCGGCUCCCGAGGAACUCGAAAGGAGAGGGUCAAGGACAGUGGCAGGAGCCAGAAGGACGGCCCGGACAUCCCGAAGCUCUUGCAGAAGGGUCUGGAGGCUGGCCAAUCCCCAUCAGAGCUGAUGCCGAUGAUGAUGAUGGCAAUGCUCAUGGAGCAACAGAAGCCCAAGAAAGGCCACCGAAGCCAAGCUCGACGAUCUAUCCUUGGUGGCUCCGACUCCGAAAGUUCGGGUUCCGACGCCGAUUUCCAAAACAAGGGAAUGAAGGCGGUUGCCCAGCUCCACAAGCUGCACGAUCAGAUUCGCAAGCGCCCGAAGAGGAUUUGCGAGCUGUUCGAGCAGGAGGUCAUCACCGAGCUCGGCAUAGUACCAGGCCAGAGCUGGACCCUCCGGGAUUAUGUCAAGAAGCAGCAGUGGGGAAAGUUCAAGGGCAUCUACCGAUGCGCGAUGAUGGAUGUGGCAGCUUACGAGAGAUUGAGGGCCGGCGAGCCGGACAUCGCAGCGGCCCAACUGGUUCAAAAUCUCAAAGCAAAGCUGCAGUCAGUGAUCCAGAAUGGCGAGUGGGCGUCGGCAUGGCUACUAACAGGUCUGCCGGAUCCAUUAUCUCGCCGCGAAUUCGCAGGGUCCAAAGAGGAGAUGGCCGUCAUCUCGGGCUACGUGGAAUCCUUGCACAAGCUUCAGAAGCGAGUCCGCGAAGCUCAGGGUCGGGGUCAUGCCGAGGAGGAUGCGGAAGAGCCCUCGGGUUCAGCUGCCAAGAAGUGUUUACGGCUGGAUCUGUCCAGCGACUCUAUAGCAUUAUUUCCUAGCAUGCUACCAUAUCCCGAAGCUCUGGUUCCUACUGGUAAGGAGGUGGGGUCUGAGGAGGCUAUCUCUUGGUGGAUCAAGACCUUCCUCAAUGCCUUUGUGGCUUGGGGGAAUUUUGUCACCCUUGGAUGCCCUUCUCCUGGUGGUAGCGCCUAUGAGCCGCGAGUGGGCCAUCGAAGCAUGGAAGGCAUGCGAGUCUUCACAGAUGAGCUCCUUGGCGAGAUGCGUGAAUUCUGUUGUUUAGAUUUGGUGCUGGGCCGACUCGGUUGCGAAGGCAAGCGGGGUUCCAUUGAACAGUUGUUGGAGCGCAUGGCCAGCACCUCACAUGCAUGUUAUGGUGCAGUUCCGGUUUUGGGAGAGUUUGCUUCAGUUGCUUUGCCUGUGGUCGCCGAUCGGGUGGCUGUCCCAGAGGAGGCGGGCAAGGUUGAUCCAUUGAAGUGGUUGGACCCGGAUCGCGGGGAGGUGGUAGCAAAUCUUCCGGAUCUACGGCUACCUGAGCCGUUGUGGGAGGACGUGGUGCUGGCCUGUCAUCGAGUUGCUCCGGAGGAUGAGCCUGAUCUGGCGCGGCGGCUGCUUGAGACGAAGAUGGCAACCCUAGUGCCGGAAGCGGACCUGCCACGUGAUCAUGAAGGGCGGUUGUUAUCUGGAGGCCUCUUCUGUGUUGCUAAGAAUGAGAAUGAGGAUAGACUCAUUUUUGACCGACGCCCUGAGAAUGCAACCAUGCCUCGGCUGAGGUGGGCUGAACUUCCAUCGGGUCGUGAUCUGUGGGAGGGGGUCUAUUUGGAUGAUCUGUUGGCCGGCUUGGAGCGUGCUGUCCACAAAGCCUUUCGUGCUCAGACGUUUUUCAAGGCCUGGGGGGCCGAGAUCAAUGGCGUGAAGGGCGUGGUAGGCGCGCCCAGGGAAGUGCGGAAGCAGUUGUGGGUCCUGAUUGAGAAGCUCAUUGCAGGUGAGUACGCAUCGAAGGAGGUGCUCCAGAAGGUAGUGGGCCAUCUUGCGUUUGCAUUCCAAUUUCGCAGAGAAGUGUAUGCUCUACUACAUCACCUGUACAGGUAUAUCGAUAGGAUGGCGAGCGUGCGGUGGAUCAGGCUACCUAAGCAUAUUCAAGACGAACUCCGUAGUUGUUCUCUUCAUCUCCCAUUUGCAGUGUGCUCUAUGCGAAGGCGGCUCAGCUCCACCAUCCUGGCGACUGACGCCACACCAACGACGGGAGGAGCUUGUGCAGCUGAAGUGAGUCCAGAGCUAGCUGAAGAACUUUGGCGCAGGACGGAGAUUCGUGGAGAAGCUGUUCGUUUGGAUCGGUGUCAGGACCUCAGCCUGGAUGCUCAACUUCCCAAUGAGCCCUCAAAGUUCGCUAGCAUUGUAUCGGAGUGCCUUUCGUGGCGAGUUACCAGCAGCUACACGUUCAGACAAACAUCGCACAUCAAUCUUCAGGAGACCAGGGCCCUACGACGGGAACUCAUUCGGCUGGCUAGUGAUCCUCGGAGGCGUGGCACUCUGAUCACCUGUCUGAACGAUUCCCGAGUUGUGGUGGGAGCCAUGUCCAAGGGCCGAUCCUCAAGCUUCCGGCUGAAUGGAAUCCUUCGUGGGUUGGUGCCUCAUCUGGUGAUUGCGAACCUUGGGGUUGGCUUGAUUUGGGUGGAGACUGCCUCAAAUGUUGCUGAUCAUCCUUCAAGAUUUGUUGGUCUGCCUGCUCCUCUGGUACCCCCUAGGUGGCUACAGGAAUAUGGAGUUGGGGCCAAGAAUGCGCAGGCCGGGCUAGAGGUUUUCUCGGGUAGUGGUCGGCUGACACGAGCUCAUGUGGAACUAGGCUUGGACAUGCUGGAGGGCAUUGACGUGCUUGAAGGCAUGGAUGUGUUCUCGUCUGAGGUUGAGGAGUUGAUAGGAGAGAAGCAUGUUUAUUGGGUUUGGUUUGGGCCUCCUUGCUCAUCUUUUUCGGGGCUUCGCAACCUCGACAGGGGAGGACCAUUACGACCCAAAGGACAUCCAGAGGGCGAUGAGCGGCGCCCAGACGUGGCCCUGGGGAAUAGGCUCUGGAGACGCACCCUGUGGUUGGCUGAGCUUGCUUUGAAGGUCGGUGUUUUCAUCUUCAUUGAACAUCCCUUGCGAUCUCGAGCAUGGCAGCUGCCAGAAACUCAGAGGUUGAUGCAGCGGUGGUCAUUGAAGUUGCACAAGGUUGAUUGGUGUGCGUACCAUGAUGACUUCAGGGUAGGCAAUCCAAAUCAAAAGGCAACUCGGAUUCUCUCAAAUGCCCCAUGGCUCCAGCGGGUGAUCAGGAGAUGUCCGAGAGAUCAUGAGCAUGCGCCACCAUUGCGGGCGGAGAGGGCAACUGCAGCAGGUGCCUACCCCACUGGAUUUUGA